AUGGAUCGUGUAAACACUACACCCCGCCUUGCGGAGCUCCGCAAGCUGAUGAAGGAAAACAACAUCAGUGCUUACAUUGUUCCAUCCGGUGACAGCCACGCCUCCGAAUACGCCGCGGACUGCUUCAAUCGCCGAGAGUACAUCUCGGGCUUCGACGGAUCUGCUGGAAUUGCCGUUGUCAGCGAGGAGGCGGCCGCACUGUCGACGGACGGCCGAUACUUCAACCAGGCCACACAACAGCUCGAUGACAACUGGAGACUGAUAAAGUUUGGUAUCCCCGAGGAGAUCACCUGGCAGGACUGGGUUGCCGAGCAGUGCAAGGACGGCAAGACGGCCGGUGUUGACCCUACUCUCCUCACCCCCGCUGUCGCAAAGAAGCUCACGGAGACGAUCCAAAAGGCUGGUGGCUCGGGACUGGUGGCCAUCACCAAGAACCUAAUCGAUAUAAUUUGGGGCAACGAACGUCCCACCAUCCCUACCAACAAGGUCUUCAUCCACCCGGACAAGUAUGCUGGCAAGACCGUCAAGGACAAGCUCGCCGAGCUCCGUGAGGAGAUCACCAAGAAGAAGGCCACCGGCCUGUACGUCACUGCUCUGGACGAGGUCGCCUGGCUCUUCAACCUGCGUGGUAACGAUGUCGAGUAUAACCCGGUAUUCUACUGCUAUGCCUCCAUCACACAUCGCGAGGCUAUUCUCUAUGUUGAGGAGUCCAAGGUCAACCAGUCCGUCCGUGAGCACCUCACUACCAACGAAGUCAAGGUCAAGCCCUAUAGCAGUUUCUUCGCCGAUGUCGAGGGGGCCUCGGACGGCAAGUACCUGAUCACCGACACCGCCUCAUGGGCUGUCAAAACUGCCAUCGGCAGUGAGGAUAACGUUGAGGAAGUCAAAAGCUCCAUUACCGAUGCCAAGUCGGUAAAGAACGAGGUCGAGUUAGAGGGAAUGCGAGCCUGCCACAUCCGCGACGGCGCUGCCCUAACCUCGUACUAUGCUUGGCUCGAGAACCAACUUAUCGAGAAGAAGGCGUCCAUUGACGAGGCGCAAGCCGCCGACAUGCUGAUGGAGUUUCGUAAGAAGCAGGAUCUAUUCGUCGGCGAGUCAUUUGCCACCAUCUCGUGCACCGGUCCCAACGCGGCCAUCAUGCACUACCAUGCCAGACAUGGCAAGAGCUCGAUCAUCGAUCCCAACGCCGUCUACCUCUGUGACGCCGGUGCUCAAUACUACGACGGUACCACGGACACAACUCGCACGAUGCACUUUGGCACCCCGACUGAGCGGGAGAAGGAGGCUUAUACUCGUGUUCUCAAAGGUCUUAUUGCUUUGGACCGUGCCAUCUUCCCAAAGGGCGCCACCGGCUUCGCCCUAGACGCCUUUGCCAGACAAUUCCUCUGGAACGCCGGCCUCGACUUCCGCCACGGCACUGGGCACGGUGUCGGCUCGUUUCUGAACGUCCAUGAGGGGCCCAUGGGUAUCGGUGCCCGCCCUGCAUACAGCGAGUUUCCCCUCAAGCCAGGCAAUGUCAUCUCGAAUGAGCCCGGCUACUAUGAGGACGGCAACUUCGGCAUUCGUAUUGAGAAUGUCAUCGUAGUCAAGGAGGUCAAGACGAAGAACAACUUCGGCGGCACGCCCUACUACGGGUUCGAGAAUGUCACCAUGGUUCCCUACUGCAAUAACCUGAUGGACAAGAGCCUACUUUCCCAGGAGGAAAAGAGCUGGAUUAAUGCCAAGAACAAGGAGACUUUGGAAAAGACCCAGGGCCUUGUUGCUAACAACGAGCUGGCUCUCGGCUUCCUCAAGCGUAACACCCAGCCCAUCUAA